AUGUUCCCUCAUCAAGUGCCGGACCGAUAUCGGGAGUUGAUGAGAGUAGCAAGACAAUGGUGGCAGCUUAAACUUCUGAAAUGGAAUGGACUCGGUCACGACAGGAGGGACCCGAAAGAUGGGGAUCUGGCACUUUUCUGCCCUGCAUGUCCACAACCGGGCAUCAACGUCACAAUACCAGCCGAACCCAAUGACACGAGACCCGGAUGGCUUUACACCCGGUCAUUGGUGAUGGACGGCAAUUUCAAAGCCGAGCAUCUGCAUCCUGUGCACCUGGAUGAUGAAGUAUGGCUUACUGACGGCCGAUGCUUCAUGGUGGCCAGGGAGAGAUACCAGGCCCAUCUCGCUCUCGCCAAGGAUUCGGCCCAGAGGUCGGAAUGCAACAACCAUAGAGCAGUCAACCAGGCCAACGUGUCUAGGCAAAAGCUGGAAGCCACAGGAAUUGGGGGAUGUGCAUGCGCCAGGCACGGGUGCUUCGUACCCAAUUCAAUGGUGGAUUUUCAAAAGGGUGAAAGACAGAUGAACAUGGACUAUGCGCUAUGCAACACUCUGGGUCACAACACAGAUGGACUGCGCCAGGCAUUGACGUUCUAUGACAUCAAUUGCCAGUAUAACAAGCAUCUCUGGCGACGGGUUGACAAGAGCCUCCAUCUAACCAUUCCAAAAGGAAUGGCCAUCACCCCGGGGAUCGGGCUAUGGCACAUUCAUGGCCACCAGGAAAAGUGUUUUGUGCGUUAUGCAUCGAACUUCAUCCCGGUUGCAGCCCAAAUAGAUGGGGAGAUAAUGGAGACUCUGUGGGCAAAUCUCAACAUAAUCUCCCCAUCAGCCCGGGGCAUGUCAACUCCCCACCAACAGGAAUGCCUUGACUAUCAGAUGAACGACUGCAAUUUCAUGAAGAUGAUUUGCAUGGGGUUGUUCUUGAGCCGGAAAUACAAAGAGGCCAAACAAGGCCUGGCCGAAAGCAGUCGGGCAUUUGAUGCUCUGAACAAUGCAGCAGAGCCUGAAAUGGUCAACCGAUGGGAGGUUCAAGAGAGAGAAGCCCAAUCUCUCCGAAUAGAUGACCCGUCUGCCCUUGAUAUAUACGACGUCUGGAUGCAAAAAGCGCGAUCUCGGAAGGAGGUAGAGCUGAACUUAUUACAGAAGUCCUUCCAUCGCCCAGGAGAAAGACCUUGGCUAGGAGCGGCCACGUGGCUUGCCUCUGGCAUUACGAUUGAGGAGAUGCAGAUAGCCCUGGCAAUGGAGAUAUGGAAGAUGGGCAGGCAUCCCACCGAGACUCAAAUGCUGCAGAUAAGCCAUCGCCGGCUAAGGCUGCAACACUCUAUUGACGAGUUCAUCGCAGGAGCAGACAGGUAUCUCGGGGAGGAAUACAAUGAGGAUGAUUGCAUCCCUGACAUGGAUAUUGAUUUCAUGGAUGAUGGACAUGGUUCCGGCUGGGAUGAUUCGGAAGAUGAUUCGGCACCAGAAGGACAUUGCCCGCAGGUUUUGUUUCGACCCGAACUAGUUACGGUCCCUCUCCCAUCCAACUUGGGUCUGGAUAGGUGCGAGGAGUUGGGCAUAGGCAGUCUGGUCAGACAAGAGAUCACCCUCAGGGAGGGACAGGCCAACGACAUGCUGCACACGAUCAGAGUCCACCUAGCUGACAAGGCCAUUCUGUUCAGGACCACCGUCCAGCCGGCAAAGUCUCAAGUUGCCACCACCCGGGCUUGGUUGCAGGUCCAUUUGGUGGAACGGGUCAUCAGUCUCAACAGCACAAUAUACAAGAAAUGCAGAGCACAGCUGUCAAAUCUUGGGGCGGUUCAGCUGCUAGAUAAGUACCGGGAGUUGGUGAAAAACGACCUGAAGGCCACCUCAGCUGUCGCUGAUCCAAACGCUCGAGGUCAGAGGAAUUCCACCCUCCCGUGGUUUUGGUCUCUAGAUGUUCAAGGCGAUUCGGUCAACAAUGACUGGAUGAAUGAAUUCAUGUCAUCAACCACACCCCCCGCAUAUGUAAAUAAAUCCGCACGUGUCGUCAUCUCCAUGUGGGAUUUGGCAAAGAUCUUUGAAUACGCCACCUGCCGCUUUACCUCCAUCCACUUGGCCCUGGACAAAAGUGAAGUAUCUCGGACCGUCAUGUUCCGAAAACUCUUCGUCCAGCACCUCGUUUGGGAGGCCAAUAGAUUUGUAUUCCCCUUCAUCAACAUUUGCGCCCUUAUCAAUACAGCCCCGGCCCUGCCUGAGUAUCUGAACGACAUUGUGAAGAUGCUUACAGAAUGGCAGGUUCUGGACCCACAACAUGAAUAUCCCAGGAGACGUCAUGGCCCGCUACUGGAUGAUGCCCACCGCAUCUCGCUGGAAGAAGUCAAGGAUUUAUGCUUGGCCCACAUGGACCAGAUGCCGGCAGGAUAUUUGCUCAUACCAGACAUGAAGAGACACAAGGGGGGCACGGAUCCUCUGCUCAACAAUCUCUGGGUCAUCAAAGAUGAUCUUCAGCAAUUAGGGACACAGCUUGAUAGCUGGCUUUCCGCGAAGGUUGACAAGGGUAGAGGGGCUUUGGAGGCGAUGGCCCGGAUGGAGGGUCCAGUAGAUGGCCUCCACGAUGCCAUGGCUGCCUCUCAAAGACUCUUGGGCACUGGAGGAAGGGAGGAUGAAGAGUGA